CCCUCGCAUUUCAUUUCAUUUUGUCGCAUUUCAUUUCAUUUCCCUCCCUCUUCCAAAUAAAUACCAAACCCUAAAUCUCUCCUUCUUCGUCGCAACCAUGAGAGAGAUCUUGCACGUACAAGGAGGCCAAUGCGGCAACCAAAUCGGUUCCAAGUUCUGGGAGGUAAUCUGCGAUGAGCACGGCAUCGAUCCCACCGGAAAGUACAGCGGCGAAGGCAAUUCCGAUAUCCAACUCGAGAGGAUCAAUGUGUAUUACAAUGAGGCUUCUGGUGGAAGGUAUGUUCCCAGGGCGGUGCUCAUGGAUCUUGAACCUGGCACAAUGGACAGCAUCAGAUCUGGCCCUUACGGCAAGAUCUUUCGCCCCGAUAACUUCGUAUUCGGCCAGUCCGGUGCCGGUAAUAACUGGGCCAAAGGUCAUUAUACCGAAGGCGCCGAGUUGAUCGACUCUGUUCUCGAUGUCGUUCGAAAGGAGGCUGAAAACUGCGAUUGCUUGCAAGGUUUUCAAGUUUGCCACUCGCUUGGAGGUGGCACAGGUUCUGGCAUGGGAACACUCUUGAUAUCAAAGAUUAGGGAGGAAUACCCAGACAGAAUGAUGCUCACUUUCUCUGUUUUCCCAUCUCCGAAGGUUUCUGACACAGUUGUGGAGCCAUACAAUGCCACUUUAUCUGUACACCAACUGGUUGAAAAUGCAGAUGAGUGCAUGGUUCUGGACAAUGAAGCACUUUAUGACAUUUGUUUUAGGACAUUAAAACUCAGCACCCCUAGCUUUGGUGAUUUGAACCAUCUGAUUUCUGCUACCAUGAGUGGAGUUACCUGUUGUCUGAGGUUUCCUGGACAACUGAACUCUGACCUCAGGAAGCUGGCUGUCAAUCUGAUCCCAUUCCCCCGUCUUCACUUCUUUAUGGUGGGGUUUGCGCCUCUCACUUCCCGUGGAUCACAGCAAUAUGUCUCCCUUACUGUCCCAGAACUGACUCAGCAAAUGUGGGAUGCCAAAAAUAUGAUGUGUGCUGCUGAUCCCCGACAUGGCCGAUACUUGACUGCAUCUGCUAUGUUCAGGGGAAAGAUGAGCACCAAAGAGGUGGAUGAACAGAUGAUCAAUGUGCAGAACAAGAAUUCGUCAUACUUUGUCGAAUGGAUUCCCAACAACGUAAAGUCCAGUGUGUGUGAUAUUCCACCCAAGAAUUUGAAGAUGUCAUCCACUUUCAUUGGGAACUCAACAUCAAUUCAAGAGAUGUUUAGGAGGGUGAGUGAGCAGUUCACUGCAAUGUUCCGGCGCAAAGCCUUCUUGCACUGGUACACUGGGGAAGGAAUGGAUGAGAUGGAGUUCACUGAGGCAGAGAGUAACAUGAAUGAUUUGGUAGCAGAGUACCAGCAAUACCAGGAUGCAACUGCAGACGAGGAUGAUGAGUACGAAGAGGAGGAGCCUGAGCAUUACGACGAGUAGUAGUUGGAUUAAACUUGAGCAAUGCCCUAAUGGUAACUACUGGCACCGAUCUAGUUUUGCUGCUAUUCGUGUAUCUACAGCCAUAUGAACUCUCUUUUAUUCUCUUUUCUCUCUGCUGCCUUAUAUUUUGCCGAUUUCGCUUUUAAAUGUACUACUUUUCAAUUGUUUGGAAUGUACCCCGUGAGACAAUAGUUGAUUAUUCUAUACUCCAAUUCCUAUGCAUGCAAGUGUAUGGAUGUGUUUUGUUUUUUUUUCGGUCAAGUAUGAAUAAGU